UUUAUAAAAAUAAUUAUAGAAAAUAAAUUUAGUAGAAAAGAACUCAAAUUUUUGCUAAAUUGUUUUUAAAAAUUUACACUUUUUAAUAUAAAAUAUUAAAAUUUAAAUAAAUUUCUACACGAAAAUGUCAUCUACCAACGAUUCUCAACAGUAUAUAAAUGAAUAUAUCAAAAGAGAAGAUGAGGACAUGUCUGGUGAUGAAGACUCCGACAAUCGUCAGGCCCAUUCCGGCUAUAUGCUACGAGAACAGGAUCGUUUUUUACCCAUUUGUAAUAUUAUUAAAAUUAUGAAAGUUCCCGUUCCGGAAAAUGGCAAAAUAGCCAAAGAUGCUCGAGAAUGUAUACAAGAAUGUGUUUCAGAGUUUAUAUCGUUUAUUACAUCGGAAGCGAUAGAACGAAGCAUGUCAGAGAAUCGCAAAACAGUUAAUGGUGAUGAUCUGCUGUAUGCGUUUGCCAAUUUGGGUUUUGAUAAUUAUGUCGAACCGCUGUCGGUGUAUUUGCAUAAGUACCGAGAGGCCACCAAAUGCGAUCGCAAUCUUUUGAGUGAAAGUUCUAUUUUGCAAGAUGAUUCCUCGAGUGAUAUUCGUAAGACCUGAAAUAAAACGUAGAGCACACACUUUUUUGUUUUAUUUUGAAACAAAUGUUAUGAUUUUUUUUACUUUCAAAACCAUCCACCUCUUACAAAAACUACCUGACAUAUCGACAAAAAUUUUAUACUAUUAUUUUUUUUUCAAAUUUAAUUUUAAAUACUUUAUUUAAUAAUAAGUUUAUAAAUUUAUAAUUUUAAUAAAAAAAAUUUAAGUUUACAAAAUUUUUAAA